UAUGACUCUGUUUCCUCCCUUCAGAAACUGAAAGAAGUAGCCUUCCCCAGAGCUGAAGAGCUCAAGGAGGAGCUAUUAAAGAGGUACGCCAAGGACUAUGCUAAGUACAAGGAGCAGAAGAAGGAGGAGGAAGAAGAAUUUGCACGCAAUUUGGCUUUGCAGCAGCAGCUAGAAGAGGAGAGAAAUCGGGUAGCCCUGAUGAAGCAGCAGCAGGCAGAGCAAGAGCAGUUUCAUGCCUUCGAGGAGAUGAUUCGACGACAGGAGCUGGAGAAGGAACGUCUAAGGAUAGUACAGGAAUUUGGAAAGCCAGAGCAGAGUCCCGAGUCUCUGGACGGACCCCUCAUCCCUGGCGUGGAAAAGCCCCCAACUGAUUUAAUCCCAAAGGUUCCUGUCUCUCCAGUUCACCCUGCAAGUCCGUCAGCGGGGACUGUCUCAUCCAAACCUCCUGUUGUGGACAGAUCUUUGAAACCUAGUGCUUUGGGGAGCACGGAAAACAAUGCAAGUAUGGAUGUCCUUCGCCAGGUCAUUGUCCCUAGGGAGCUCUGCCAGAAAUUCCUCCAGCUGGCUGAUGCCAACACGGUCCGGGGUGUGGAGACGUGUGGGAUCCUCUGCGGUAAGCUGAUGAGGAACGAGUUCACGAUAACCCACGUCAUUGUUCCCAAGCAGUACGGAGGCCCCGAUUAUUGCAACACGGAGAAUGAGGAGGAGCUCUUCAUGAUCCAGGAUCAGCAUGGCCUUGUUACGCUAGGCUGGAUCCAUACUCACCCCACGCAGACAGCCUUCCUCUCCAGCGUCGACCUGCACACGCACUGCUCCUACCAGAUGAUGUUGCCAGAGUCCAUUGCUAUUGUGUGUUCUCCAAAAUACCAGGAGACGGGGUUUUUCAAGCUGACAGAGCAUGGCCUGGAGGAGAUCUCUUCCUGCCGGCAGAAAGGAUUCCACCCGCACUCCAAAGACCCCCCUCUCUUCACUACCUGCAAUCAUGUGUCAGUAGUUGAGAGAGACGUGGUCCUGAUGGAUCUCCGAUAGGCCUCUCGCAUUAACCGUUUACAGAAAACCAUCUACCUUCCUUCUAGGCCUAGGGAAAUGUUUGUUUUUCCUCCUGUAGCAGAUGAUUUCUACUGUGU